AUGCCGCUGCUCUGUGGUCGGAGCUGUGUGCUGCUGCUGGCGGCUCUGUGCUCCGUGUCUCUGUGUGAGGAGGACACGGGGGACACGCACGAGCUGCACGUGGACACCCUGGUGAAGCCUGAGAUCUGCGAGCUGCUGUCUGCGAUGGGAGACACGCUGCACAUUCAUUACACGGGUAAAUUGAUGGAUGGGAAAGUGGUCGACACGUCUCUUUCGCGUGAACCUCUGGUCGUGGAACUGGGGAAAAGAACCGUGAUCGCAGGUCUGGAGCAGAGUCUGGUUGGCGUAUGCGCUGGACAAAAGAUCAAAGCCACAAUACCGGCUCAUCUGGCGUACGGCAAGAAGGGAUACCCCCCAACGAUACCAGGGGACGCUGUGCUGGAGUUCGAAGUGGAGGUGAUCUCGCUCUCGCCCCAGACUCAGUGGCAGAAGAUGGUGAACCACGUGUUUCCACUGGUGUGUCUGUUGCUGGUGCCGACGCUGCUGGGUUUAGUGGGACUGUAUCUGUACACAAAGGCCAACGCACAGGGACAGAAGAAGAAGAACAAAGAAAAGAAGAGCAAGAAGAAAUAA